CAAUUCGCUUCGCUCGUGAAGCUCUCCCUUUCUAUGCGCGCCGCGAUUCUUCGUCCCUUUCCAAAUCUCAGAUCAAAGCUUGGCAGCUCGGAAUUCCAGGAAGCAAGGUCGCGACGGCAGCGAUGGAACCGUCGUCGUCGCACGACAGCAAGCUCCUGUCCUCCCUCCGGAGCUUCGGAGUCUCGAUCCCGGACGGGGUCGAUGCGAUCGGGGACCUCCAGCCGGAAGGUCUGGCCUCCAUCUCCGCCCGGUGCCUGAACCUCGUUCUCCGCGAUCCGGCGCUGUUCCCGUCUUCUCCGCCGGAGUCGGCGGCCGACAAGGUCAGGAUCUGCGGAGAGAUGGCCUCUGCGGUCGAGAAUCUCGGUUUCGUCGGAGACAUCGGCUUCCACAAGUUUCUUUAUCCGUCUGAAGAGGACAUGUAUGAGUUGAUAAGGUUCUUGGUCGGGAGGUUGUCCGAGUUGGUUGUAGUUGGAGAAGCAAAUGACGCGAGGUAUGUCGAUUCGGAAGACAAGAAAGAAGGUUGGUUUAGAGAUGCGGCAAGAGACAGGAUAGGGAAGGUUUACAAUGAAAGAGGGGGACUAAAUUGGUGGAGAGUAGAAGACAUGUUGAGGGAGCUUAGGCUAAACGCUGAAGGGCCAAAGUCAUCAUGUGCUACCGGUAUAGGUUCAGAUAAUAUUAUUGUGAAUAAUAUGAGCAGGCAGGAGCCUAUUAAGGAAUCUGGCCCGUCAAAUGUUAAUGCAUUUGGAAUCACAGACAGUGCAGCUGAUGCAAAUGAUCGAGUGCUCGAAGGAAAUGCAACUGCACGAGAGAAUCAGUCCUCUGAGACAAGAUGUUCGAUAGAAGAGGUUCAGCUUAGAGAAAAGGAGCUCAUGGUGGAGGGGAAAGAUGGGAGUUCUGAAGUGACAGACCUUGAGGAUGAAUUGGAGUUACUGAAGGCCGCAGCAGAAAUGGCCUUGGAUGAAAAUCAUCCAACUGAUUUCUUCCUUGAGAAACUUAAUGGCCAAAUUGAUGCUAGGAAGAGGAAUCUUCUCGAAUUGGAGUUACAGUGGAAUGCUUCAAAGUUGAUUCUGGAAGAGAAGAAGACAAGUCUUGAAGAGUCAUUAUAUGCCACCGAACCAGAAUUUCAAGAGAAGUUCCAAAAACUGAAAAAAGUUGAGCUAGAAGUGGAUUCCAUUUCAUCUGAAAUGAGAAAGAGGGAAGAAGAGUGUUCAGAGCUUUCUGCUGGACUCGAGAAAAGACCGGAACAAGAAUCUAGAACAUCCCACAUUCAGCGGAUAAAAGAAAUCACGAAGAACAGUCGUAAACAACAUGCUGAUGUGGAACGCAUCCUAAAAGAGACUAGGGAACUCCAGUUAGAAAGUAAUUCCAUUCAGGAGCGUCUUCAUCGAACUUACGCUGUGUUAGAUGAAACUGUGUUCAGAGAAGCGAAGAAAGAUCAAGUUGGACGUCAGGCUUACAGGCUUCUUACCAGCAUUCAUGAAAGCUUCGAACAGAUCUUUGAGAAAAUAUUGUCCGCAGAUCGAGUCCAGAGAGAAAUCGCAGAAAAUGAGAAGAAGCUCGCGGCUAUGGCCUCACGGAGUCUGAACAUCGAGAGACUACAAGCCGACCUUGAUGCCAUCAUCAAGGAGAACGAACAUCUGGAGCAGUGUCUCGAAAAGAACUGAGCAGGGAAAACGGUCUGCUUGAACCUCUCGGGUCGGUACAACUCUGUAAAGUAGCCUGAGUUCGAGAUUAGAUCCCCAGUUGAAUGUUCGAUGACACCAAGUUAAAGAUAGACAGUGGCGGAAAAGGAUGUAGCACCCAAGAAAAGGAUAUUCUAAUCUGUAUACUUAGUAUCAUAUCUAUUUUUCAUUUAUAUC